CACCAGUCAAAGGGUGAUAUGAUCGGGUCACGUCAGUAGUCUGACAUUUAGAGAAGGUGCGGUGGAUAUAGGUGGAUCGACGGACGGGCUGAACCUACAUAGAACGGAUCGUACCGACUCCACACGACACGGAUCCACUAGUUGUUUCAACUUGAUGUCAAAGACAUUAACCAACAGAACACAGCAAAAGGAAAGUAGGAGUCACAAAUGGCGAACGUCAGAAUAGACCCGAGCGACCAUAGUACCAACAGAAUGACAGGAUCGAGAGCUAAACUAUGUCGGUAUGACGAACUUCCGGUGUGGAAGAAAAUCUACAUGUGUCCACAUGUCGUGUCCGGGUACAUGACUGACCUAAGCACGCUCCAGUGUCUUAAAAGCACUUACAGACUGUCUAACGAGACAGGGAACGUCCUGACGCACGUGGUCCCCGCCGUGGCGUUCCUCAUCCUGGGGCUGUACGACCAUCACGUCACCAUACCCGGUCGCCAUGGAGACGACAUGGAUUACGUCAUCUCGGCGAUCUACUCCAUCAUCUGUCAGACGUUACUUCUGUCUUCCGCCACGUAUCACAUAUUCACCCCGCACCGCUGUCGGUCCGUCUUCACUCUCGGGCUCGGCUUAGAUCUGUUCGGCAUCGUCCUCACCAUCCUGGCCGUGCUGGCGACGUUCGUGGCGUACUGCUUCAAGUGCUCUAUGUUUUGGCGUAUGUUUUACCAGAUCCUGUGCGUGACCAUGUUGAUCCCGUACGCCGCCAUGUUCCUCCACCCCAAGUACCGCUUCCACUGGGUCCGCCCGGAGAACCGGCUCGUCGGCAUCGGGCCUCCCCUGGCCAUCCUUUCCUUUGCCUUCAUCGCCCAGUCUUAUCUUUACCAUGGCGGGUGGGGAAGUGAUACAGCCUGGAUCUAUCCCGCCAGAUGUUUCAGAAAUGGCGGUAUCUACAUUGCAGCGUUCCUGUUAUUUCAUAUCAAAAACAUCCCACAAGUCUGGUUCCCAGGCCGGUUCGACUACGUGGGGCAUGGGCACCAGUGGUGGCAUCUGGCGGUGGUGCUAGGGCUGCUGGACUGGAGAGACGCUCUGUUCGUCUUCCAGGGUAUCCAGCAACAAAGUCUUAGCUGUUAGUAACAUGGACUGGAGAGACGCCCUGUUCGUCUUACAGAGUAUCCAGCAACAAAGUCUUAGAUGUUAGUAACAUAGACUUUAGAGACGCUCUGUUCGUCUUCCAGGGUAUCCAGCAACAAAGUCUUAACUGCUAGUAACAUGGACUGGAGAGACGCCCUGUUCGUCUUCCAGAGUUUCCAACAAUAAAGUCUCAGCUGUUAGUAACAUGGACCGAUCUACAUGGUUAUUCCACGAUGGGUUUCUUCAGUGAAGUUUAAGUCAACUCGUCUUUCGGAAUGGACGUUAAACGGGGGUCCCGUGUUCGAGGAGGUGCCUCGAGCACGUAAAUCAGCCUCAUUACUCAAAUAUUGGGUACCUACUGACAGAAAAUAAUUCACCAGAUGUAUUAUAUUGUUUCUGUCGUCAUCAAUGAAUAUUUAUGUUAGCCUAAUAUAUGUACUAAGUAUUGACUCACUCUAACAAUAAAGGUGUAAAAAAGCA